UACUAUAUUUUAGCUCGUUGGGUAAACCAUUUAAACGUUGGUUAACCAUGCCGGAAUAUUGUUAUCUUUCAUGUUUGUUUUCAUUGUAGGAGUAAUUAUUUUAAUUAAAUUCUUGUUUCGUCUCUUACAAUAAUAAUUGUAGGAAUCAACAAAAAGUUUGUGAAUGAGCAGAACAACUGUCAAUCAUUCUUCUCAUUCCUCUUGCUGUUGUCAGCAAUCUUCCACAAUAACAUCAGAAUUAUUCCAGAUUUUGACCUUUAUGUGUCAUUCGUGAACUCAAUCAGGCGCAAUUAACUGAAAAACUUGAAUAUUAGCGUCCACUAGUAGCUGCUAUUAGUGGCCAACACGGGGACAUAGCAAUAGCGUCUGAUACCAACGGCCAAGAAUCCAAAUGGGGCGGUCAUAUUAGAUGAGCAUUGCUCGUGCUUCGCCACCUUGAAGACUUCUCAUUCAUAAUUUACAACUGAAAAGGAUUGUAUGGUAUUUGACUAGGAGGUCAGCAAACUCUCUUAUCCAUUGCUGUUGAGAAGACUUCGUUUCAGGGUUUGCAAAGGCAGUGGCUGGCUGAACCUUUAAAGGAAUUGUGUUCCAAGUACAAUUCGUGUCCAGUACAUCAACUCAUCAUCAAAUUAGUUUAACAUUUCCCUGUACUGCAUGGACUUUCUCUAGAUAUGGCACAUUAAACGAAAGCAGAAGUCACGAUAUGGUGAAAAUCAUUGAUUUGAAGCCGAAAAUCGAGUCUACGUUCGCUCUUUAUCUUCAAGAUUCUGUAGUAGAAAUCCCAGAGUUUCAAUUCGUCUGAGAAAUGACCUCUGCGUUCUUCAAUCAUCAAAUUUGGACAUCUCAUCGGCAACAGUGAAUUCUAUUUUCAAGUGAACUUUUGUCUUAUAUUCUUGAAAUAUGAAGGCAGCAGAUCUAUGAACACAACUAUGGUAAUAUUUUGUUGAGAUUUGUAAAUCACAAGUAAUCGUCUGUUGAGGGAAGGUCAUGGUGGCAGUUUGUGAAAUUCUGUAAACAUUCAUCGGUUUCGGUGUAGCAGUAUUGUAUUGUACGGUUAUAUAUUCACACAAUACUGGUAAUAUUCAGUUGAUUCAUAAUAGAUGAGGUGUUAAUAGUUUAUGUGUACUAGAUAGCAUACAAGUAGAGUUAGUUCGUUAGUGGUGCUUGGUUCCUGUAGACUGAUGAAAUUCAAUUAUUAUUAAUUGAUUGGUGACAAUAGAAUGUAUGUGUACUAACACUGACGUGAAAAGGGUACCAACGAUGAUACUAGUUGAUCUGUGGUUCUAGCUAGAGUGUCAAUAGCAGUGGUUUGUUUAUUCGUGUUAAUAUGUUAAAUUAUCAUAAUCAGAAAAACAUUCAACAUUUCAACAAUCUCUAACAAGGUGCAGAUCAUCUUACAACUUGAAGUAGGUCCAUUUAUUUUUGCUAAUGUACUAUACCAGCCUACUUUUUUAUUACACCAUAGUAUUAGGAAUCGUUUAUUUGUUCACCUAUAUUUUUUGGAAAUUAAAUUAUAGGAUAUUAAUGUACACUAUUGUUAAUUCAUUUAAUUCUCAAUUAAAUUAUUUGUAAAAUGUGUGACGAAGGUGAAAUCAGAAAUAGUCGUAGUGAAGCAACCAACCCGUGAGGUCAUCAAAAGGCUCUACGAUCAUUUUGCGAGUGAAAGUGCCAACGUUGCUAUUCUAAUUUCUGCGAAAAAAAUGGCCCAGAGAGUAUCGCAACUAAGUGUGAACAAGCCCUCAACCGAUCCUCCGCGCAAACAGCGCCGUAAAAAGGUCUUUGGAAGAUUGGACGAACAGGCCAAAGUAGCACUCAGAAAUGUUGUCUUUGAAAUGUACAGAAAACGUGAGAUUCCAACAGCUUCAAAAAUCCUGGAAGUUGUCGAAGAGCGACAAAUGUGCCACGCAUCACUGCGUACAAUGGAAAGAAUUUUGGAGGAUGUCGGGUUUUACAAGAUGAAGGAUACGUACCUGAUGGAAAAACGUAGCUUUAAUAUCGCCCGUAACCGGUUUUACGACUAGUUAAAGAGUUUCGAUUUUGAAAAAGCUGUGUUUUUGGAAGAGACCUGGGUGAGAACGGGUCUCACAAAUACAAAAACCUCUCAAAACAUUGUUGAGACAAAGUAUGUAGUCGCCGUCCACGCUGGAAUUAGCGCAGGUUUUGUUAAAGAUGGUUUGAAAUUGUUCCAGUGGACGAAAAAAGUUGACUACAAGAGAGAAAUGAGUUGCAGCAAGUACAAAGCUUGGUUCCAGUCGAUGAUGGGGAAUAUCGAACCGAAUUCGGUGAUUGUCCUCGCAAACAGAGUGUACAACACCACUCAAAUCGACAAACCUCCAUCGAUAUCCAACUCGAAACAAGAGAUUAUCGAUUGGUUGACCAACAAAAACAUCGAUCGGGAUGGCUUGGAUCCAGACCCGUUCAAAGUGGAACUGUUGCACCUGGUUAAGAAGAAUAAACCGCCGGAACGGUACGAGUUGGAUGAAAUGGCUGCCGAAUUCGGCCACAGAGUUGUGCGCUUGCCGCCGUUCGGCUUCUAUUUCAACGCGAUCAAUGUGGUUUGGACGCAGAUUAAGGACAAAAUAGCCGAACGGAAUACUGUUUUCAAGCUAGAUUCUGUCGAGAAGUUAUUUUCGGAAGCAAUCGCCGAGGUGACACCCGAUGAUUGGAGGAAUGCUGUGCUGCACACCAAACAAGUGAUCGAGCAAGCUAUUCGAGAUGAGUUUGAAUUGGAUGACGCCGUGGAUGAUCUUCUCGAGAGAGUCAUAAACCCGUCACUCGCCGAUGGCAGUGAUUCAGAAUUCUGUGAUAGCGACUCUGACAGCGAUGAUUCAGGAUUAGAUCAGUGUUCCUGGAUUAUUUUUCGCCAGCUCACUAGGUUAAUUCACUAGCUCACGGUAUUUACUUUCUACAUUAAAUUGCAUUGUGAUUAUAUUAAAUUAAAGUAAUUUUGAUGAUCGAAUAAUGUUAAUUAGAUUAGGUUGAUUAUCAUGAGUUAAGACUUAUAGACUUUUAGAUUAUUUUUCGCCAAUUUUUCUCAUAAAAUUGAUUUUCCGUACUGGGAAUCUACAUUAAAUCGCAUUGUAAUUGCAUUCCAUUAAAGCCAUUUUGAAAAUCGAAUAAUGUUAAUUAAAUGAUGUUGAUUAUCAUUAGUAGAGAUGCUGACUGACAUUAAGACUGACUUAUAGACUUAUGGACUAUUUUUCGCCAGUUCCUAGCUCACUGCAUUGACUUCAUCCCUUAUAGGAAUCUACAUUAAAUUGCAUUGCUUUAAUGUCAUUUUGAUGUUAAUUAGAUAAUGUUGGUUAUUAUGAGUAUAAUGUUAUAAGACUUAGACUUGAGGAUUAUUUUAAAGGGAUUAUUGAUUUUCCCUUACUGGGAAUCUACAUUAAAUUGCAUUACAUUGAAGCCAUUGUGAUAAUCGAAUAAUGCUAAUUAGAUUGUCUAUAUCAUGAAUAGAGAUGCUAUAAAUGAAUGUUUUUAAUGAACUAGAUCAAAA